AUGCAGCGAUUUAUCGCAAACAAGGGCAAAUUACCCGUUACUCCUGGAGGAGGACCUGUGGCCCAGACGCCGACAGCACCACUCGCGAUAAAUGCCCCUUUUAUUUUCCCCACAUCACCAGUAAUUACACCGGUAGUCUCACCGCCUGUUAUUACCCGUACUCCUGAGGGUAAACCUGUCAGAAAAGGAUACGUUCCCGUCGAGGAGAAAAUACAGAAGGAGUUACAGGAGAUGAAGGAUAGAGAACAUGAGCUUAAGAAAAUGAGGAAGAAACAGAAACCGUUCGACUUAGAACUCAGUGAAAAUGAGACAACUUCCGAAUCCGAGGACGAAGAAAUCCCUAUGCCCGACAAGUUAAAACCAACCAAGUCCAUAGGAGAGCUUUACGAAGCUCUUAAUGAGGAACUGCGGUCGCCCUCGCCAAGGAAUAGCUCGGGACAGGAGUCGAUCGGUAGUCUUAAGCCUGCCAAAUCGUUAGCAGAGCUGUGUGUGCUAGCGCCUGGUGAAGAGUUCCUCGCUCCGAGUUCCACGCGGCUGAUCGCAAAGUGGGAGUCACUUAUACAGCAGAAACAAGAAGCUGGCGCUGCAUAG